AUGCCACGUUCUCUUCAUGCAAACGCCCUUUCACCUCCUUUAAACACCCCGCACCUUCUAAAUUCCAACUUCACAGUAGCAAAAAACAGAGAAAACAGAGACUUCAUUAUUUUUCAGACUUUGAAAAUGCCAGGCCUUACUAUUGGAGACACUGUCCCAAACCUUGAAGUUGAAACCACUCAUGGAGCUAUCAAGCUUCAUGAUUUCAUAGAUACCUGGACUAUUCUCUUCUCUCACCCAGGUGAUUUCACACCGGUUUGCACCACUGAGCUUGGUCAGAUGGCUGCUUAUGCUCCAGAAUUUGCUAAGAGAGGGGUCAAGCUUUUGGGACUGUCCUGUGAUGAUGUUUUGUCUCAUGUUGAGUGGGUCAAGGACAUCGAAGCCUACACUCCUGGAUGCAAGGUUUCAUACCCAAUUAUUGCAGAUCCUAACAGGGAGCUCAUCAAGCAACUUAAUAUGGUGGAUCCAGAUGAGAAGGACUCCUCUGGGCACAAUGUUCCAUCUCGAGCUCUGCAUAUUGUUGGUGCUGAUAAGAGGAUCAAGCUGAGCUUUCUGUACCCAGCAAGCACUGGCCGCAACAUGGAUGAAGUAGUGAGGGUUUUGGAUUCCCUAGAGACGGCAUCAAAGAACAAGAUUGCGACUCCCGCAAAUUGGAAGCCAGGUCAAGAUGUGGUCAUCUCUCCUAGUGUCUCUGACGAGGAAGCUAAAAAGAUGUUCCCUCAGGGCUUUAAGACUGUUGAACUUCCAUCCAAUAAAGGAUACCUCCGCUUCACCAAUGUUGAUCAUUAG